CCAACUUCCGCCAAUGCUCCCCAUGCAGGCUUCCCUUCUGGCGCUGGCGCUUUCGGCCACCGCUGCGGCUCUCCCGGCCGCCAAGCUCCGAAUCAGACAAGACUCGCCUCGCCCCAACGGCAUCCAGUACCUCGACGGUGCCCCUGGUGCAAGCAACCUUGCCACCACUACCACCACCCGGCUCAUCUACGGCAGCGGACCGAUUGUCCCCAACGUCAACGUCCACCCCAUCUACUACGGCAGCAACGUGAACUACCAGAGCCAGCUCAACACUUUCUAUAGUGCAAUCGUCGGCUCGUCCUACCUGGCUUGGCUGUCUGAGUACGAUACCCCGAGCCAAAACAUUGGCACCGGCACCUUCUCGUCCUCGAUCGUCAAGAGUAUCGGUCCCAACACUACCAUCGACAACUCCGCCAUCCAGACCUGGCUCCAUGGACUUGUUGCAAGCGGAACUCUGGUCCCCACCCAGAACACGUACUACCCUAUCCACUUUCCCCCCGGGUACACCAUUACCGCUGGCGGCGAACAGUCCUGCGUCGUGUUCUGCGCUUUCCACAGUGCCGUUUAUAUCGGGGAUAUUCCCGGAACCCAAAUUUACUACCUCACCUACGGCGUCAUGCCCGACCUGAGUACCAGCGGAUGCGCGGGCGGAUGCGGCAGCGAUCCCUCCACCCUCAACAACCUGCAAUCUGUCUCGUCCCAUGAGCUGUUCGAGACCAUCACCGACCCUAUCUUCAACGGCUGGACCGAUGGUAACGGCAACGAGAUCGGCGAUCUCUGCAAUCACAUUCAUGCUACCAUUACCGGCACCGACGGAAACAACUACAUUGUUCAGAAGCAGUGGUCGAAUGCCCAUCAAGGCUGCUAUGCUCCUCCGCUUUCGAGCCCCUCGUCGUCGAUCCUCCACUACUACCACCACUCCCACCACCACUCCGACAACCAUCAGAUCCUCCACUACUACCACCACUCCCACCACCACUCCGACGAACACCCCCACGAGCACUGCUACAAGCGUUCACUCUUCUUCAUCCUCCGCCACAAGCUCUGCUUCCUCUACCAACCCUGCUUCCUCGUCCUCCACCACAUCCUCUGUCUCCUCUUCCCACCCCGCUUCUUCCUCCUCCACCAUAUCCUCUGCUUCCUCUACCCACCCCGCUUCCUCUACUACUUCCUCUGCCCCCUCUUCCCACCCCGCUUCCUCGUCCUCCACCACAUCCUCUGUCUCCUCUUCCCACCCCGCUUCUUCCUCCUCCACCAUAUCCUCUACCUCCUCUUCCCACCCCGCUUCCUCGUCUACUACUUCCUCUGUGUCCUCUUCCCACCCCGCUUCCUCGUCCUCCACCACAUCCUCUGUCUCCUCUUCCCACCCCGCUUCUUCCUCGUCUACUACUUCCUCGGCUUCCUCUACCCACGCUUCUUCCUCUACUACUUCCUCUGCCCCCUCUUCCCACCCUGCUUCCUCGUCCUCCACCACAUCCUCGGCUUCCUCUACCCACGCUUCUUCCUCUUCGUCUUCUCCCUCGUCGACUGUCUCCUCUACUUCUCACUCUCUUUCCUCGUCUGCGUCCGCUUCUGCCUCUGCCUCGGCCUCCGUUUCAAAAUCCACCACCACCACUACCACGGCUUUUUCGACAUUCCCAUCUUCGACUCUCCCGUCCACCCGCACGUCCGCCACUGCCUCGCCUACUUCUGCCACAUCCACAGUCUUCAUCCCAACUUCGACAGCCCUGCCCACCGCCACCAUCACCGAUACAAUUACCUCCAUCCUCACCGCUACCUUUACCGCUACUCUCACCGACCCGCCACCAUCACCGCUUCGACUCCGCUCGUUGCCCCCACCGCCAACUUUUAG